CCUCUAUAUAUUGGAGGAUGGUGGUAAGAAUACUCAGAAUUUUCUGGUGGUUUUCCGGAAAUAUAUCGUGUUCCGCCGCCGCCGCCGCUCGAGCGAUUCAAAGAGGAGCGCAGAACCCUCGCCGUCCCCCCUCUCGCCGCCCUCUCUCGAUCGAUCUGGCGAUGUUGAGGCUGUGGAGGUGCUACCAGAACUGCCUCGCCGUUCAUCCCGUGAAGACGCAGGUGAUCAGCUCCGGGAUCCUCUGGGGCUUCGGCGACGUUGGCGCCCAGAUGGUCUCCCGAUGGACGGCGGCACCACAAGCGCGCCAAAAGGAAGAAAGCAAGGAUAUUAAAAUAGACUGGAGAAGGGUAGUCACAACAAGCAUGUUUGGGUUUGCAUUCAUCGGACCGGUCGGCCAUUACUGGUACGAGUACUUAGACCAUAUUGUCCGGUUUCAUUAUCGACUCCACCCCAAGUCGCUAAAGUUCGUCACUGCAAAGGUGGUGGCAGAUGCACUUCUUUUGGGUCCUCUAGACCUACUGAUCUUCUUCUCUUACAUGGGAGUGGCCUCCGGGAAAGGUCUAAAACAAGUGAAAGAAGACGUGAAAAGGGACUUCCUUCCAGCCCUCCCGGUAGACAUGGCCAUUUGGCCUGUAGUCCAGUUUGCAAAUUUCCGAUACGUCCCGGUGAAGCAGCAGCUUCUCUAUGUGAAUCUAGUUUACUUGUUUGAGAGCUGCUUCUUGUCCUGGAUCGAGCAGCAGGGCAAUGCUCCCUGGAAGAAGUUGUUUACCUCUAAAAAUACUAGAAUCGCCCUCAUUUCUGACCACCCUGAUAUUUCUUAAUUAUAAUCAAACUACGAACCACCGACCAAUUUUUUUAUCUAAUUUUUUCUUUUAAUUGAGGUCACAUUGUUAUUGGUUUUCAACGAUGAUUCGUAGUAACUAUCUUGUAUGUUCACAGUGUUAUAUUAUUUAACAACCGUCAUUCUCAUGGCAAUGUCGAUGUAACUCAAUUUGUGUUGUUAGUG